GUGAACAAGUCCAUCCAGGUGAACUCGCUGGACGUGCCAGACAUUGAUCUGAUGGCCACCAAUGGAGUGAUUCACGUAGUAAAGAACAUCCUUUACCCUGGGGACCUGCCUGUGGGUCGCGAGUCCCUACUGGUGCUGCUGAAGAAACUCAUCAAGUACAUCCAGAUCAAGUAUGUCUCUGGAUUCUCCUACACCAAAAUCCCCCUCACCUUCAUCAAGAGGACAAUCACCACGACAACUCACGUCCAAACGGAAUCACACGUGGAUUCAGUGCCUGAAAUCACCAAGGUGACCAGAGUGAUCGAAGGAGAGCCGACCCUCACCAAGGUUACGAGACGCAUCGAGGGAGUACCGUCCGUCACCAAGGUUACGAGACGCAUCGAGGGAGGACCAUCCGUCACCAAGGUUACCAGGGUCAUCGAGGGCAAACCCGCUAUCACCAAGGUUACCAGAGUUGUCGAGGGCGAACCCGCUAUCACCAAGGUUACCAGGGUCAUCGAGGGCGAACCCGCUAUCACCAAGGUUACCAGGGUCAUCGAGGGCGAACCCACAAUCACCAAGGUUACAAGAGUUGUCGAGGGCAAACCCGCUAUCACCAAGGUUACAAGAGUUGUCGAGGGUGAGCCUGCCUUCAACAAGGUUACCAGGGUCAUCGAGGGAGAACCAAGCAUUACCAAGGUUACCAGGGUCAUCGAAGGAGUGCCUUCCAUCACAAAGGUCACCAGAGUUAUUGAGACUCACCGUGGUUCCUCCGAUGGAAGGCUGAAGACUGAAGGAGACAUCAACGAGAUGCUUGAGGAAGGCCCGGAAUUCUCUAAGAUCACCACCAUCCACGGCAACCCGGAAAUGGUCGACCAAGAGUCAGAGAGGAUCACCAAACUAAUCCAAGGUGGAGGUGGUAUAGGGGCCCCUGCCAAAAGAGCUCCUGUUGGUGUAAGGAGGAAGAAGGUAAGGCUGGUUAGACGCCACAACAACCAAAAGUCACAUCCAGCCAAGACCAGUCCAUACCAGUCCAGGCCUGCGCAGUCCAUAUCAGUCCAGCCCUGACCAGUCCAUUUCAGUCCAGUCCUGACCCGCCCAGACCAGUAAAGACCAGUCUAAACCAGUAAAACCAAACAAGUAAAGACCAAUAAAGACCAAUCCAGACAAGACCAGACCAGUAAAGACCAGUCCAGACCAGUAAAGACCAGUCCAAAUCAAAUCAAAUCAAAUGUAUUUAUAGAGCCCUUCGUACAUCAGCUGAUAUCUCAAAGUGCUGUACAGAAACCCAGCCUAAAACCCCAAACAGCAAACAAUGCAGGUGUAGAAGCACGGUAGCUAGGAAAAACUCCCUAGAAAGGCAGGAACCUAGGAAGAAACCUAGAGAGGAACCAGGCUAUGUGGGGUCCAGACCAAUAAAGACCAGUAAAGACCAGUCCAGACCUAUAAAGACCAGUCCAGACCAGUAAAGACCAGUCCAGACCAGUAAAGACCAGUCAAGACCAGUAAAGACCAGUCCAGACUAGUAAGAACCGGUAAUGACCAGUAAAGACCAGUCCAGACUAGUAAAAACCGGUAAUGACCAGUAAAGACCAGUCCAGACUAGUAAAAACCGGUAAUGACCAGUAAAGACCAGUCCAGACUAGUAAGAACCGGUAAUGACCAGUCUAGAGCAGACUAGCCCUGCAGGAAUAUCUUUACAGAUCACCAUAGAGACACUGCAAGGAGCUCGCCAAGGUAUACAGCAACACAAAAACACUUUCUAAGUUCCCUUGAUGGGAAACAAAAGGAAGAACCCAUGUGGAACAUCUAUAACAAUUAAGUAAUCGCCCUGGGGAGCAAAAGAGGUUGAAAAGGUGUUGGAAAUACGCAUUUUUGGGGGAUGAAAAGAGGUUUAAAAUACAUAGUUUCAACCAAUUUUGCUCACUGGGCAGCGGUGAACAAUGAAAUCAACCUAGAGUGAAUCAACUGGGCCAAUGGUGUCGGACAUGAUGUUUUAACAAUGCUAAGAGAAUCAGUUAUCCUACACGUAAUGUUUGCACUGUAUGCCAAGAAAGGAACUUUUAUCAACUUUUAUCAACUUUUGCUUUGGUAUGGAUGAGGUAGAACAUUGGAAAUAAUAAUUGUUUGGUGGAAAAUAAUAAACGUUUGUUUUUUGUUAAUCACAUGGUUUAAUAAGGUGAAGACAUUUUGUACGUUUUUUUAUGGUGCUGGCAUUCUGUAUUGUGCAUCUCGAACCAAUAGAAAUGAAGCACUCUGUCUUAUAGUUGCUUCUUGACCAAUAAGACUUAAGCAUUCUGUUUUAUGGAUGCAUCUCAACCAAUAGAAAUUAAGCAAUACUUUUUAUCCUUUAAAGAUGCUGUAGUUAUCGAAACUUGACAACCUACCAGGUUUCUUUAGUUUUACUUAGUUUUUAGUUUUUCCUGUUUCGAUUACUGUUUUCUGAUUCAUUUGUUGGGGUUUGUUAUUGAGACUGUUGAUGUUCAGUUGUACAAUAAGACCUACCCAACAUAAGACCUACCCAACAUAGACCUACACAACAUAGACCUACACAACAUAGACCUACACAACAUAAGACCUACCCAACAUAAGACCUACACAACAUAGACCUACACAACAUAGACCUACACAACAUAGACCUACCCAACAUAGACCUACCCAACAUAGACCUACACAACAUAGACCUACCCAACAUAGACCUACCCAACAUAGACCUACACAACAUAGACCUACACAACAUAGACCUACCCGACAUAAGACCUACCCAACAUAGACCUACCCAACAUAGACCUACCUACACAACAUAAGACCUACCUACCCAACAUAGACCUACACAACAUAAGACCUACACAACAUAGACCUACCCAACAUAGACCUACCCAACAUAGACCUACCCAACAUAGACCAACCCAACAUAGACCUACCUACCCAACAUAGACCUACUCAACAUAGACCAACCCAACAUAGACCUACCUACCCAACAUAGACCUACCCAACAUAGACCUACCCAACAUAGACCUACCCAACAUAGACCUACACAACAUAGACCUACCUACCCAACAUAGACCUACCCAACAUAGACCUACCCAACAUAGACCUACCUACCCAACAUAGACCUACCUACCCAACAUAGACCUACCUACCCAACAUAGACCUACCCAACAUAGACCUACCCAACAUAGACCUACACAACAUAGACCUACCCAACAUAGACCUAACCAACAUGUAUUAGAAAUAAAUGUUCAAUAAAUGUUUUUUUAUCAUG